AUGAGUUACUUCAAUGGAACAUCCUUGCAUUCCAUUAUCCUGCAGAGUCAUCUGCCAGUCUCUACCAGCGCAUAUUUUGGAACGCAUUUUUUAUUGGGCGGAGAACGUUAUGAAGUGGCGAAACCGGAAGCAUUUUUGUUCGGUGAGAAUAGUGAUCUAAGCUUGUAUUUUUUCCGAUACAACUUCCCAUAUUCGAGACAACCGAUUAGCGAUCCAGUUCGAACAUUAAAUGCACUAGUGAAUUUGAGGCGUGAUUCCUUGAAGCUUGUCAGACAAAAAAAUGAGAAUAGGAUCGUUAAUGGGAUUUCAUAUUCACUUGAGUUUUUCUUCGACUGUGAUAGUGCUUGCCGUAUACAAUUGCAUUUUUUUGCAAAAGAAGUAGUAUCGAAUGGUCAAAUAAGAUUUUUAUAUAAAAAUCCAUCAGUUGGCACUUCUGAUCAAUAUUUUUUUGAUGUGGGAGCAGAGCAACAGUUUACGAAGUUCACUUUCGAUAUGAGAGUUCAUAAUUUAAUGAAUUACGAUGGUGGAGCCCAUUUCCCAUUAAUUAUUGAGUUACAUACGGUUGAUUGUGGUAUCGAACAAGUUCAAUUGACUGUAGCAAGCAUUGAUCGUUCCACUGAUCAAUCAUCAACGUUUAUAAUAAAACCGCUUCGGCAAAAAUUGAUUGCUGAUGGAGUCAUUUAUCUUUUGCAAGAGAUUUAUGGUAUCGAAAAUAAAGACCAUGAUUUGGGUGAAGAAAACGGUGCGGAAUGUAUCAUUUGUAUGUCUGACAUAAGGGAUACACUGAUUCUACCUUGCAGACAUCUUUGCAUUUGUAAUGGUUGUGCUGAAACACUUCGGUAUAAGUUGAAUAACUGUCCCAUAUGCCGCUCUCCCUUUCGAGCUUUGUUACAGUUAAAGACGAUGCGAGUGGUCAGUACAGUUUCAAUAACUGAUCAGACUGCUGCAUCUCAGCAAACUCGUUCUCAAACUCGGUAA